CUCCACACUCCCCACACCAUGUCCGGCCUCGGCUUCACGCCCGCGCCGCAGCCCGCGCCCAACGCGCUCGGCGUGGAGGGCAUGUUCGCCCAGAUCAUGGCCGCCGUCCAGAAGUCGAGCGCUGAGAUUGCGGAGCUUCGGCAGGAGUGCGCGGACCUGCGCAUACAGAACGCCAGCCUCGAGCGCCAGGUGCGCGAGGGCCUCCAGAACCGUGGCACGCAUACCGGCUACAACACAGGCCUCAACACGCCCGUCCCGGGUUCGCCCCAGUUGCGCGCCAAAUCCCCCUUCCUCUCACCGUCCUCUAUACCUGCUCUCGCCGCCCCUGCGUCGAUCCAGAUCCCAACGCCGUCACCCCUCGGCGACAACCAGCUGACGUACUACCCAUUCAACGGUCGCUCCAUCCCCGGCUUCUUUGUCGUUAUCCCUGCUGGUGGCGCAGGCACUCGCCUUUGGCCCCUAUCGCGCGAGGGACAUCCCAAGUUCCUCCUCGACCUCACGCUCAAAGGCCGCAGUCUAAUUCAGGCUACCUGGGAUCGUCUCAUCCCGCUCUCCUCCCCCGCGCGCACGACCAUAGUCGCCGGUCCCGCGCACACAAAGUCGAUCCGGGAGCAGCUUCCCGAUCUGCUGGAACAGAACCUCUUCACCGAACCCGGAGCCAAGGACUCCAUGGCUGCCAUUGGCCUCGCCGCUGCCGUUCUUGCUCGCCGCGACCCUGACGCUGUCAUCGGGUCUUUCGCCGCUGACCACAUGAUCUCCGGCGACGAUGCCUUCCUCUCCGCCGUCACCGAGGCGGUUGAGGUCGCCCGUCACGACUAUCUCGUCACUAUCGGUAUCGCGCCCUCGCACCCUUCCACCGGCUUCGGUUACAUCCAGCUCGGAGACAAGCUCGGAGGCAACGAUACCCCCAACGCGCGCCUCGUCCGCUCCUUCAAGGAGAAGCCGGACGCGCGCACCGCCGCGGCGUACAUCAAGACCGGCACAUACCGCUGGAACGCUGGGAUGUUCGUUACCCGCGCCGUCUUCCUCAUGCAACUCCUCAAGGAGUAUAAGCCUAAACUGCACGAUGGCCUUCAGAAGAUCGCAGCGGUCUGGGACGACGAAAGCCUGCGCGAGAAGGUGCUGACCGAGGUCUGGGACGACCUCGAGAAGAUCCCGAUCGACAAUGCCGUUGCCGAGCCGGCGGCUGCCGAAGGCCGUGUCGCGGUCGUACCCGCCACCUUCGGUUGGGACGAUGUCGGAGACUUCGCCUCCCUCGCCGAUCUUCUCCCCGCUGAGGCGAACCAACCCCGUAUCCUUGGCGAGAACCACCUCGUUCUCACCGACCAGGUCGCGGGUGGUAUCAUCGUCCCCGGCUCUGGCCGUCUCGUUGCAUGCCUCGGUGUCGACGAUCUCGUCAUUGUCGACAUGCCGGACACGUUGCUCGUCACGACUCGUGCGCGUAGCCAGGAGGUGAAGAGGCUCGUGAAGAAGGCCAAGGACGUCGGCUGGAAGAGCCUGCUUUGAACGAUUUGGACGGUCAAAAAGCCCGAAGGGAGCAUCUAUGCAAUGGAUAAUGCAUUUGGAUUAGGACUUGAGUUUAAUGCACGGCUCUGGCUCUUAGCCCUUUCUCAUUCGUCUCUUUUUUUUGUCCCGGAUUUCCGAAAUCAUUCACAUCCUACAUAUUACCCGAAAACAUACAAUAAUCAAGAACGGGCCGUGAACUCUGGAUAUGGAACGUCAUACUGUUGCCUUCGCCGCGUCGCUGCCGUUGCAUGGCAAGAACGGUGUCGGUGUCGUUGGUGAACCCUCUAUCCGCCAUUCGGCGAACGCCAGUGUGGUCAUGUUGGGAUCCUUUUGGAGCUCCUCGCGCAGGCCUUCUCGUGCGUUCAGGAUAGCGACUGGGAGAAAACAUAGUGAGGCUCCUUCGCACAGGGAGAACAAUCUGGUUCCGCACGCAUGGUGUUGGUAUACAAUCCUGAUAGCAGCAAAUGGAAGAAGGGCCAUGAAAGGCCCAGCGGAUUGACGAGGAAUGCGAUGGCGAAGGCUCCUUGACAGCAUGCCACCAGCACACCGCGCGCAAAGAAGUAUCGGAUAAGUCGCGCAAGUAAGGUAUCCGUCUUAGUGUGACCCGUACGAGAGGUCCAGAAGACGUAGCACAUGCUUGUAGUCGCCAGGAAGUCGGCUAACGUGUUGAUCGAUUGCUCAAUUCCGAGUGCAUAGUAGGUGGUUUCGCCGAAGGACAUGAUCGUAUUCUUAGUGAGGGCUGGAGAGAGCGUUUCGAUAGCUGCGACAACACCCAGCCCGCCUCCCACGAAGGAAAAGGCAGCGCAGAUGAACACAAGUUCGCGACGACCUGAGGAGAGGUAGUAAAGCUGCCUCAACACGAACAAUUGCACCAGGAAAGUGGUUAUCAUUGUUAGCGUGACCUCAGCAAGCAGCGUUUUGGACACUAUACCUAAAUGAAGGAAGUCGCCAAAAUGAUCGAUCCAGUAUUCCUGACCAGAUAUCGCACCGCAAAAUGUGGCGGCUACAUUGAGUACAGCUAUCAAUGUCACGAAGGCUCGCUGCGACCUAGAAUCAUGUGCGCAAUGAUGAACGUAUGUGUAGGCCUGCAACAGUGUACCCCCAAGCAAUAGCAUGGCGAAAAGCAAUCCCCAGUAGACGGCAGCCCAUUUUGUAGCCGCGCUCGUUGGCUGAGCUGCCAGAUCAACCGUGGCCAUAAUCAUGCGAGUUUCGGG